GGUCGAUCCUUCAUCAUCGAUAUCUCCCACCUAUCCUUUUCGCCCCCUCCCACCCAGCGAAGCGCAUGGUGUGUUGAAAGCUUACUCUCUCGGUUUCCCCGCGCUUCGUCCACGAUGCCCGCGCGCACUCGUCAAGGCCCCUCCGUCGCCUCGGAGGUCGUGGACCCGGAGGACAACUCGGCCGGUCUUCGCAACCUCAAAUUCAAUGAACCCCUCUCCUGGCGCGUCGGCCGCUCCGCCAUCCCCAUUGCCGAUCUGCUCCAACGCCUGCAGACCCUGGCGCAGGAGCUCCGCAAGCUCGAGCAGGAGGAGAUCGAAACCGAGUCGCUGAAGAAGGUAUCGCAGGAGCUUGCGACCGCUCACCUGCUGGCGCACAAGGACAAGGGGGUGCGGGCGUGGGCGGCGUGCUGUAUCGUCGAUGUCUUGCGUCUCUGCGCGCCCGACGCGCCCUUCACGGGCAACCAACUGAAGGACAUAUUCACCUGCAUAGUCACCUCCAUCAUCCCCGCAUUAGGGGACCCGUCUAACCCCUACAAUGCCCAGCAUAUCUACGUCCUCAACUCAUUGGCAGAGGUGAAGAGUAUCGUGCUCAUGACAGAUCUCGACCAUCCCGACUCCUUGAUCAUCCCGCUGUUUACGAGCUGUUUUGACAUCGUGUCUGGAUCCUCAAAGUCGUCCACGGGGGAGGAGGUCGCCAAAAACGUCGAAUUCGACAUGACGCGCCUGCUCGUGACCGUUAUCGAUGAAUCGCCCGUCCUGGCAGCGGAUGUGGUGGAUGUUAUAGUGGCGCAAUUCCUGCGCAUCGACCCUCGUGCCUUGGAAAUUCCGAGCAAGAAGCCGAAGAGAGGUGAUGCGCCGCUUGAUGACAAGCAAGGAACGCUGCUGUUGAAGGACUAUCCGCCCGCUUACAACAUGGCCAAGGCUAUCUGCCAGGCGUGCCCGGAACGGAUGACGAGCCACAUUAGCCAGUACUUCAACAACGUCAUCAUCGAUGCGUCCGCCGAGGGUGCGAACGGGUCCUCGAAGCAUCACCGCAGACCUAACCUGGAAGAUUCCGACGAGGAGGGUGAAGACAUCAAGGAGCUGAGCAAGGCGCACCGGCUGAUCCGAGAACUGUGGAGAGGAUGUCCCGAGGUGCUGCAGAACGUUGUUCCCCAAUUGGAAGCUGAAUUGUCGGCGGAGUCGCUAUCCUUGCGCCUGCUGGCUACACAGACGAUCGGUGAUCUAACUGCUGGAAUCGGGGUUGCUGGACCACCCCCGCCUCCACCGAUGGACCCGACCGCCUAUCCGCCAGUGACAUUGGCGGAAUAUGCCCAGACGAUCCCUCAGCCCAGUGUGCUUCUCACGCCAUUCUCCCCGAAGCCCUUUUCACAGACACACAGCUCCACCUAUGAGAACUUCUUGAGUCGGAGACUGGAUAAGUCCGCCUCAGUCCGGGCUGCCUGGGUGACCGUUAUAGGUCGCAUCCUGCUGACGUCGGCUGGUGGCUCUGGAUUGAGCGACGGCGAAGAGCAGACGCUGAUCAAACACAUCACUUCCAUGCUGCGGGACGCGGACGAGAAGGUCCGCUUGGCUGCAGUGGAUGCCAUCAGCAACUUUGGCCUGACUCACGUGGUGAACAAACUGGGUGCCAGUGGGGGCUUCUCGAGCGAAGAUUCCGUGUUCUUUAUUCUGGCGGAACGAGUCAAGGAUCGCAAGCCACACGUCCGUGAGGUUGCCAUGAAGACCCUAGCCCGGAUGUGGGCGGUUGCUGCAGGCGAAAUCGAGGCGGGCAAUGAUCAGGUCGCCUCUCUCCUCAAAGAUGGGCCGUCGAAGAUAUUCGAUGCUUUCUACACGAAUGACCAGGAUAUCCAUGUUCUGAUCGACCGUGUCAUGUUCGAGAUUCUGCUACCGCUCAACUAUCCUCCCGUGAAGACCAAGUUGACACGGAGUAGCUCGAGUCAGUCCCAAAAGCAGAAGGAUUCUCAGGCCUCGGAAGCCGACUCUGAUAUUGACGUCGACAAAGUCCGAGUCCAGCGCAUCCUUACUCUUGUCCGGAGUCUCGAUGAGAAGGCUAAGAGAGUGUUCUUUGCCAUGCAGGACCGUCAAGUAAAAAUGGCAAAGGUCAUGGAGGGCUAUCUGGAGGCCUGCGAGCACUACAACGGUGGUGUGAUGGAGAAGGACCAAGACCAGAUCAAAGCCCAGUUGAACAAGUACAUUGACGCGUUGUCCAAGACUCUCCCUGAUCCCUCACGGGCAUCUGCGGACCUGUGGAAGUUUGCCAAAGCACACGACCGCCGUAGCUACCAGCUGAUUCGCUUUGCCAUGCGCGCUACCAGUGACUAUCGGACCGUUAUCAAGGCCAUUAAAGAGCUGGCGAGAAGGCUACAAAGCUCCAAUAAUGCGCCCCUGCUGGAAACUCUCACGCCCAUCCUAUACCGCUCCAGCUCAAUAGUGUAUAACAGGAGUCAUAUCCCGGCCAUCAUGAGCAUCUCGAGGUCGGAUGAGAAUGGACUGGCGAAUUCUGCACAUGAAAUGCUGCGGGAGAUCUCCUCUCGUAACCCGGAGGUAUUGGAGGCACAGGUCCAGGAAAUGUGCAAGGAUGUUGAAUCGCGGGCACCCACUCCCAAGACGAAAGACGGCGCUGGCACCGAAGAGAUCCUCAAGGCGUGCUCCGGGUUCGCGAAGAAGCUCCCAUCCAAGCUCCCCAACGACCGCAAUUUUCUCCAGGCCUUGGUUAGCUAUGCGCUCCAUAGUCCGUCGCCCAGGGCCGCCAAGCAUGCGGUCUCAAUUCUGAUGGCUGUCACCGAUAAGAAGGAAAUGUACGCGACGGAUCUGGUCGAGAAGUGCGUCAAGAACUGGACCUACGGGUCUGACCGGUUCCUGACGAAGCUGGCGACCUUAUCGCAGCUGAACCUUUUGGCUUCGCGGGAGGCGGACGAGGAGAGCGACGCGAUCAUCAAGAUAUCCGUCAACCAGAUCCUCCUGACCAACCGCUCGCCACAGCCGAACGACGGGUAUUCGUGGUCAGAUGCGAUGGACGACGAGACCGCUGCGAAGGAAUGGGCUCUCAAGAUCAUCGUCAAUCGGCUCAGGGCCAAGGAUGGCUCGGACGACCAGGAUGACUUCCGCGCCCAUGCACAACCCGUCUACGACACUCUGAACAAACUCAUUCUGAAUGACGGCGAGCUGUCCAAGAAGAAGGACACGCCUGCGGCGCAGAAGUCUCGACUACGCCUUCUCGCAGCCAGGUCGCUACUAAAGCUCUGUGCGUCCCAGGGCCUGUGCGACCAGUUACUCACCCCGCGGGACUUCAACGCAAUUGCCUUGGUGGCCCAGGAUCCUGUUCUGGAGGUGCGAAGUGGUUUCAUCAGUCUGCUCAAGAGAAAGGUGCAAGACUCACCCCUGAGCUACCGUUGGUACACAGUGCCGUUCCUGCUUGCCUUCGAGCCUCAGGCGAGUCUGCGGGAUAGCACGCUCACCUGGCUACGGUCCCGGGCCGGAUUCUUCUCCCAGCAGAACAACGGCAAAAGGAGCGAGCAGACAGUCAUGGAGUCCGUCUUCUCGCGUCUCCUGUCUCUUCUCGCGUACCAUCCCGACUACCCCCCAGCUGAUAUGGAUGACUCGACCCGGAUAAGCGAACUAGUCGACUUCGCACGCUACAUCCUCUUCUACCUGCAGGCCGUAGCCAACGAGCACAACCUGUCGCUGAUCUUCCACAUCGCCCAACGCACCGACGAGAUGAGCACCCGUCUCCACACGCUUUCCGACCUUGCCCAAGCUACGAUCCGUCGGUUCGCCGACGCCUAUUCCCAGCAGCGCAAGUUCGGCGGCGGCGCCGCCGGCGCCACCAACCUCCUACAGACCUACCCGGGCAAGAUGGGCGUGCCCAGCUCCAUCUUCGCUCCCAUGGGCAGCCACCGCGAGGCGCAGGAAGUUGCCGACAAGAACUUCUUCCCCGAAGACGGCGAAGACCUGCUGGAUCGCAUCGUGCGGUCCGUGAUGAGGGCCAAGAGCGGGUCUCAGGCCGCAGCGAAGAAGAGAAAGCCCGAAUCGGCGGAAACGGGCGGCGAGGCUAGCGCUACGAAGAAGGUGAAGAAGGAGAAGGAGCGGCCUGCUCGGGCGCGUAAAUCGUCUGGCUCGGCCGGCACGUCCCGCACACCGAAGCAGACGCCAAAGCAGAAGAAGAAGGACGAAGACGGUUGGUCCUCCGACGAGGGUGCCGCGAAGGCGAGCUCCGCUGCUGCCAGGAGACGCAGCAGCCGCGGAGCCUCGAGAAGGGUUAGCUACGCGGACCGCGACAGCGAUGAAGAUGACCUGGAGAUGGACGACUGGGACGAGGAACAGGCAGAGGACGAACAGGAUGAGGAUGAAGAUGAGGACGUGGACGUGGACGUGGACGAGAAGAGCGAACCCGAGGCCGACAGCGAGUCAGAGAAGGAGAACACCCCCGUCAACCAACCAGAACCGAAAGAAAAAGAGAAGGCAAAGCCCGUCGCCCUCGACGAUCUCCUCAGCGACGACGCCGACGACUCCCCUCUCUCCUCCCCGCCCCCCAUGGUCAGCCCGAAGAAAGCCAAAUCCAAGGGCAAGCAAUCCGCCACUCUCCCCACCCGACGAUCUCGAAGAGGAUAG